UGAUAAGGAAAAGCAGAAAUGUCCGAAUUUUCAUUUAGCUUUGUACAAAAUUAUGAAUUUUAAGUGUGGACAAAGAAAGAAAAAUAAAAAUAAUUUCUGUAACAAGACCCACACUCAAUAAUUGGGCUUGUAAACAAUAUUAAAAAGUGUAAAUUUCAACUUUCUCUUUAAUAAAUUACCGUUAGAAAGCAAUAAACUUAAAUUGCAACGAAAAUGGUUAAAAAAGACGACAGUUUCACACCAGAGACGGUGGAUAGCACCGAUAUGUUAUUCGACCAGGUGACUUACGAUGCAGCAGACAAUUCCAAAACUACCAGCAGCGCAGAUGGCCGGGAAGCAAGUGAAUUCACGUCGACCGAUCCGCUUAUGCCACAAACGAGGCGCAGGCCGCGCGGACGAAUUAUAUCCUUAGAACUGCCGGUGUUUUUAAUGUUUGUCGGUUUUUUGUUAACCGGUUCGGUCAUGCUCAAUCAGGAACUGUAUCAGACUUGUGUGGCCGUUUUUCACUACAACGAGAGCGACUGUGAACCGCUGCGUGGUAUCAUUCCUAAAACUGCAGAAGCGCAGAAAAUCGAAAAAAGUAUACAACCUUAUGUUGCCAAAAUUACAAUGACCAGUUCUAUAUUGAAUAAUGUAUGGCCGGGAGUUCUAGUACUAUUUGUUGGACCCUGGUCGGAUAAGUUCGGACGUCGACCAGUGCUGUUGGCCACCUUUAGCGCUACGUUUCUCGGACAGGUUAUAACUACAAUCUUAGUUAGCUUUUCACAAGUGCUAUCCCUAAAUCCCUGGUUCUAUCUAUUGGCUAGUAUACCGUCUACGCUCGUUGGCGGCGGCUGCGUUUUGAUAACAAUUGUGUUCUGUUAUAUAUCCGAUGUAACAGAUAUGGAAAAUAAAGCAAAGCGGAUGUUUUUUAUGAACAUGGCAAUGGGUUUGGGUUUGGUAUUUGGCAAUAUAGGUAGUAGUUACUUGUUACGUCUAACAAAUACUACAAUAGUCUGCGCUAUAUCUGCGGCACUCGUAUUAAUCGCUUUGCUGUAUGUUUGGUUUUUCAUUGCCGAAAGUUUAGAAGUCGAAGAAACCACCUUUGCGUAUAAAGCAAAACACUUUUUUGAUGUGCGUUUAAUCGAGGAUCUCGUGAAGACUUGUGCGACACAGCGUCCGGAUUAUGGACGAGCCAUCAUUGCUUGUACAAUUUCAAUUUUAAUUGUUUCAAAAUUCGCACUUACAGGAGAGAUGGGCGUCUUCUAUCUAUUCUUGCGCAACAAAUUCAACGUUACAUUGCAAGAGUUUACCUAUUAUAAUGCUGUUGACAUCACAAUUAAAAUGAUUGGUAGUGCGCUUGCCUUCGGCCUGUUCAGAAAUUUCUUAAAUAUAUCAUUUUCGGCCAUUGCCUUGAUGGGUUUAUUUGGUUGUAUUUUGGACAGUCUAACUCGUGGUUUAGCUCAGCAGUUCUGGCAAAUGUAUGUGGCCGCAUCCUUUGGCCUAAUGUCCGGCAUAACGGGACCAAUGUUGCAAUCAAUCGUUUCGUUAGCAGUGUCACCAAAUGAAAUUGGCAAAAUUUAUUCGCUGGCGUCAUGUCUGCAAACACUUUCGCCAUUGCUUUCUGCGCCUCUAUAUACACUCGUCUACAAUAGUACCUUGGACUUUUACCCUGGAUUCUAUAAUUUUAUCAGCGCAGGAUUACAUGUGGAGUGCUUCUGCGUUAUGAUACUUAUUUACAUUCUCGAACUACGGGUGAAAAAUGGAGGAACUGAGAGACCUCCAACAAAUAGUACAACUCAAAAAACAUAAACCAAUCAGAUAUUUUAAAAUCGUUUUACAAUGUGACAUAUU